CUUGUUCGGCGUGAGUAUACAGCAAAUGAAGGUUGGGAAACAUUUCUGUCAUACGAAGAUACACUUCAGGAUAUUCUUGUUGGGUUGUUGCGACUGCGGGAAUGUGGCCGGAAUACUACUUGCCCUGAACUCCAUGUAUAUGGAUGGAACUGCUGUUCCAGUUCACGGCAGAGAUGCUGAUAAGCUACAACACCAGGGUUAUGGUACACAGUUGAUGGAAGAAGCGGAGCGAAUAGCUGCAAGGGAGCACAGGUCAACAAAAAUAGCAGUGAUAUCGGGAGUAGGAACCCGCCAUACAGGAAAUUGGGGUAUGAGCUGGAAGGGCCUUGCAUGGUGA